AUGGAGGACGUUACGGAAAGUCUAGCCGCGGCGUGGAAGGAGGCGAUGAAGGGCGUGAAGGUCGGUUACAAGAAAACGAAGUCGGUGCUGAAGCAAAUCCCAGUGGACCGCCUCAAGGCAAUCUCAGGGGCCGGUGGCGUCAUGUCGCACGCCGACAUCCGGCGCUUCUUCCAAGUGAAAUAUGGAGCCGAGGUGCGCAACGCCGAGGGAGAACCCGUGGAGGCGGACGAGGUCAGCGAUGUGGAGAGCUCCGACGAGGAGCCGCUCACCGACGCGCAGGUGCACGAGAGAGUGGACAAGAAGUUCUUCGACAAGACGUACAACCCUGCCAAAUUUGAACUCGAGCACAUGGAUAACUUCGCGUACACUGACGACGAGACGGAAGGCCGGGUAAUGCGCGAGGCGGCGGAGGGAAAGAUACGGGAACUGCGCCAAAAGUGCAACACUGUCAGCACAACACUCAAGCAGCGAGUGUUGGCGCACCACCACGCCUUCGUGAGUGGCACGGAGAAGAUUCGCGACAUCAACGACAGCCUGCUCAUGACCUCGAGCGACUGUAAGAAAGCACGCGCGGCGAUUCGCAGGUCAAAGGCAUCUGUUGCUUCGCAGGUAGCGUUGCUGGCGCAGCAACGCACGAAGGAGAACGUGGAGGCGACCAUUCAACUGCUGGAGGCAAUGAAGGCGAUGUGUGGGAAGCGAACUCAGCUGAUGAACCUCAUCUCCAGCGGCAAGGUGCAUGAGGCGGCCGGCUUCCUCAAGCGGGAAGGCUCCAUCGACAUGGAGAACUCGCUGACGAAAAUCUACUGCGUGAAAUCUGUGAUGGCAGAGUGGCGCUUGUACCGCGACAACUCUAAGAAGCUCACCGACUGCAUCGAGGUGGUGCUCGCAGACUGCUUGACGAACAAGUUCAUUGUACCCAGGUACUGCAACGCGCUUGAGGCCUCACAGCACCUCGGCUGCGCCGCCGAGACGUGCGCCUCAGUGGCAACUCUGCUGUGGCGCACGGCAGUUCAGAUUCUUUGCAAGUCCCUGACAGAAGUGUCGUUUAUGAAGAAUGAGAACGCUCCACUAGCGGACAUCGCAGAGAACAUACACCCUGACUACCUCAUCCUCGGCGUGCGGCAGAUGGCUGCCAAGUUGAUGGAUUUCUUGUAUCUGUACUCUACCGUGGUGCGACUCCAUGAGGAGGAGCGCCACACCAACUCACCAUACGCCGGCUUGCACAACCAGGCGCUGCAGCGCCUGCAGGACAUGGGCCAAAGAGCCGGCCGUGACUUGGUCGAGAAGUUGACCGUGGUGCUCUCGAGUGUGCGCCUCGCCUCAAUUGACCCAGACCGUGUGCUGCAUCUGUUCGUGGUGGUGAGUAUGCUGACCGAAGCGUUCGGCGUACUGGGACUUGAAAAGACGGAGCAGGCCGCGGCCAGAACGAAGACCAAGGCAGUGCUGCUGCGUCACAUGCAGAUGCACUUCCAGACACCUAAGGCCCACGAAGUACUGGCCUUCAUGGCAGAGGACGACUGGACCGUUAGCGCUGUCUCUCCUCAAUCCCUGAGCAUGGUGAAGCCGUUGUCCCCGAACAAUUUCAAGAGCUUCGUCAAGGAGGUGAAGCAUUACCUGCACCAGGGCGUUGAUGACAGCCUCCUCGCUGCAGGGACGAUGCCGCUCAUGGAAAACCCGUUCCUCACUCAGAAAAUGCUCGAGCCCGCUGACACGUCCAGUCUUGUGCAGACGCAGACUUUCGGUGCCUACUGGGCGACGGUGAAUACGGGUCGCGCGGCAGACGUCACCGGUGACUCUGAAGAAUUCGCCCCCCCGACGGACAACGUAGGGCCUGGCGUAGAGGCGGCUCCGCUGAGUGCGCCUGUCGGCAGCCAGAACACCGCUACACUUGCGUCGUCAGUGGGCAUGCCGCCCUCCGUCCUCACUUCCAGUGCCAUUUCCGUCACCAACGCUUUCCUCGAGUACCAGGCCCGCAUAGCAGUGCGGUUUCCUCCCUUGGCAGCCGAUAUCCUUGGCUGGUGCGAAGAAUUGCUGUGCCUCUAUUUCUACACUGUCGUGGACAGCUUUGUGUCGGUGUCGCGCAGUGUGCCAAUCGAGCAUCAGGGCGACUUCUCCGUGACCGCACAGCGAGUGUUAGCUGGGGUUCGUGCAGCAGGAGAACGUGCGGUGGGGGCGGUCAACGGGCAGUACACACCGAAGGAUCAUGACCGGCAUCUCUACGGCGGCGGCGGUGUCGGCAGCACCAGCGUGUCGACCUCGCGAUUCCCGCCCGUCGUGUGGGGCCGUCUAUCCAACGAGCUCACGAGCGCCGCACAACAGUUUGCUGUUGGCAACCGCACAGUGGCGUGCCAGUCGGUGCUUAGCCUCAUCCUUUUCUACGAGGCCACCAUCCAGACAAUAAGCCCGCUUCUUCCAGUGACCGUGACGCAGCCCUACAUGCAGCGGUGCCGCACGCUCUACGGAGCGGCGCACGAGGUGCUGCAUGUGUGCAUCCACCGACUGUGUCAGGCUAUUCUCCCCGUGGAGAGCGUCUGCAACAACAUCGCGAAGCUGAAGGGCAGCAAGGACGAAGUGACGGUGAGUUCCUACGUGGGGCAGCUUGUGGGUAGCAUGAAGGCUCUCAACGAGCAGCGUGUGCCGAUGCCUACCCCGGCUCUCGAAUCGGUCUUCUUACAGCGUCUCAUCUUUGCCGCACAGGCCGUGCUGGUGCGAGAGUACAGUAAACUCUCCAAGAAGCGCAUGAACGACUUCUUCGUGAUGCAGCUACAGGUGGAUGUGCAGUCCUUUCAGCAGCAGGCCACCUCCAUCUUUGGCAAGUCUUCGGUCGUGAUGCCCGACUACGUACUGCGGAUGGUGAAGGCAGGCUUCUUCGCGGGUGAAAAGGCGCAGUGCCUGAAGUGGGUGCGCUCCAAUCACACCCUGUACUACAGUGUGGACCUAGUAAGCUGGUUUGGGGCAGCCGAUAGGCCCUUCGUGCUACAGCUGGAGGACCUGUUGGUUCGGGAGCUGAAGCACCAGGAUAUCCUUCCCAUGGAUGGCUUUGCCCUCUGA